AUGAACUCUUCUCCAUCUAGUUACUCUAUACCCAUUGGAUUUCUUGCAAGACAACAAAGAGUAGCAGACAGAGAUGUUAGAUUCUAUUGUGAUGAUAUCAACUUGGAAUCAAGUGUCUUUAUCGUAAAGAGUUAUAAUUGGAUAUCAUUCAUUCACACUGAUCUCUAUUCUUCAUCUUUUUCUUUUCAAGAUUUUGAAGCAGAAUUGAAAUAUCAUCAAGACAAUAAUAAUAGUAAUAAUAAUAAUAUUAAUGUAUGGAGGUGUCAUGUGAUAGCACAAAAACAACCAAAUAGUAAACCAUUGGAAUUAAAUGAAAUGGAGGAAAUGUGGAGAGACAUUCAAUCAAACAAAUGUGCAACAUUUGAAGAGCUCAAUGUGCAUGAAACUACUUCGAUUGCUCAUUCUGACGCGUCACCUAAAUUGUCUAAAUUGAAAGCAACCGAUCUUGCUCCUUCACCAAUCUCUGACAAAUUAUUACAAUCCAUUAAACUAGUUAAUGAAUUAGUUAAUGCUCAACAAGAAGGACAACAGCAAGUAGAACAACAACAACAAGACAAUAAUAAUAAUAGCAAUGGAUUACUUAUUUUUAAUAAUGGUUGGGUACAAGAAAAAGUAGAGCAACUAUGUAAAAUCAAUGACAAGGCAAUAGUAUUUAUUGAAAAGGAUCCAAAUGCCAGUCACCCAUUUAUAAAAGCAUUGGAGAAACAAAUGUCCAAUGGAGAAUACACCGUUUUUAAAUCUAAAUGUUAUGAUGCUAUAAAUAAUAUUAGAUUGAGUCAAGGUAAAGGUGCAAUUAAACAAAUUAAAGUUUCACCCAACGAAACUUGCCCAUGUAAACAACAAGGAAAGAAAUUCAAAAAGUGUUGUGAAUCACAGCUUUAA